UCAGCGUUUCUCAACCUUGCCACUAUUGACAUUUGGGCCUGAUAAUUCUUGGUUGGAAAGGGUGGCUGUCCUGUGUAUUGUAGGAUGUUUAUCAGUAUCUCUGGCCUCGACUCAGCAGAUGCCAGUAGUAAUGCCUUUGCCAGUCCGAUAUGACUAAUGUCUCCAGAUAUUGCCAAAUGUCCUCUAGGGAGCAAAAUCACUCCCUUGCCCACAUUGACAACCACUGUUCUAGAGCUUUAAAAACAAAAGCCAGCUUUCCAACCUGGGCCUGGCAGAAUGGCUCUUGCAAGGAAGGGUGGUAAGAAGAUAAGCCAUCCUUCCGUCAAGGAAGCAGUGACCAGAGAACACACCGUCAACACUCACAAGCACAUCCAAGGAAUGUGUUUCAGGAAGCAUGCCACUCGGGCCUUCAAAGAGAUUCAGAAAUCUGCCAUGAAGGAAAAAGGAACUCCAUAUGUACACUUUGACACCAGGCUCAGCAAAGCUGUCUGGGCCAAAGGAGGAAGUAAGAUCUCAUGCCAUAUCCAAGUGCAGCUGUCCAGGAAAUAUAAUGAAGAUGAAGAGUCACCAAAUAAACUCUAUACAUUGAUUAUCUACAUGCCUGUCACCACAUUCAAAGUCUACAGACCGUUAAUGUGGAUGAGAACCAACCACUGAGUUUCAAAUAAAACCGCCACACACACAUUCACAUACACACAAAACCACCUCUAAUUUAAG